UGCGGCUCAAAGUCCUCCUACUCUCGUCCUCUCUCAAAUUCCAUUUCCCAGCACAGAGAGAGAUCACUCAGCGCAUGGUUAAGACUUGUAAAUUUACUAUCUACCUCCUCCAGUUUACGCUCUAAACCCCGGCUCCAAGACGUCUCAAAGAUCACCUGAGUUAAGCUGUGCAAAUUAAAACCCCAAUUUUCAUGGAGGGACCAGGAAGUGAUUGGACCACAGCAGCGCCGCUUGCCAAGUGGAGAAGCGAGUUUUCGAGGAUGUUUCAGUAUUAUUUGGACCGAUCAACGCCUCACCCACUUCAGAGGUGGCUAGGAACAUUUGCAGUUGCAAUGAUUUACGUUUUGCGUGUUUACUAUGUAAAAGGUUUCUAUGUUGUUUCCUAUGGUCUGGGGAUCUAUGUCUUGAACCUCUUGAUCGGGUUUCUGUCACCAAAGAUUGAUCCGGAGCUUGAAGCUUUGGGUGGGGCUUCUUUGCCAACAAAAGAUUCUGAUGAAUUCAAGCCUUUCAUUCGCCGCCUCCCAGAGUUCAACUUCUGGUAUUCCAUCACGAAGGCUUUCAUUGUUGCAUUUGUCUUGACCCUCUUUUCUGUAUUGGAUGUACCUGUGUUCUGGCCAAUCUUGCUCUGCUACUGGGUUGUACUAUUUGUCCUCACGAUGAAACGACAAAUCCUACACAUGAUCAAGUACAAAUAUAUCCCAUUCGAUCAUGGAAAGCAGAGGUAUAAUGACAAGAAGUCAGCUGGAACUAGUAGCCGUAAAGACUAGAAGAUAUAAAUAUGCAGAUCCAAGAAAAAGAAGUAAAGAGAUGCUGAAGAUCUGUAUAUCGUUCAAGGAGAAACGGGAAAUUUGGACUUUGAACAUGCUUGUAGAUAUUUGAACAUUCCUAGGAAACAUGUACAUCACCGUGUGUAUAAUUGGAUUUGGGAAAUCAUUUUCAGGCAGAAGACCUUCGCUUCUUCUGUAGUUGAGCAAAAACCAAUCUUUUCAUGCAUGUUGAAUCAAGAUUUUAUUUGUUAUAUGAUUUCACAACUUUUUCUA